AUGUCUUCUACCGCUACUCCCGCACUGUUCCAGCCGAUCCAGGUCGGAGAAACCAAACUCAAGCACCGGGUCGUACUCGCACCUCUCACUCGGUUCCGUGCUAACAAGGCACAUGUUCACUCCGACUUGGCCGUGGAGUACUACAAGCAACGGGCGAGUGUGCCAGGCACCCUACUGAUAGCAGAGGCGACCGAUAUCGCUCCUCCCGCGGGGGGGAUGGCCUACGUCCCCGGGAUUUAUUCCGACGAGCAAGUCGCUGCUUGGAAGAAGGUCACGGAUGCCGUACACGAGCAAGGGUCUUACAUCUUCCUGCAACUAUGGGCUAUGGGCCGCGCGGCACGUGCAGUAGGGCUCCGAGACGAGGACGCGGACUACCCAUAUGUUGCACCAUCUGCGAUUCCUCUGAAGAGGAGCGCCGAUGACAUCCCACGAGAGCUUACAAAGGAAGAGAUCAAGCAAUAUGUGGACUGGUUUGGAGAAGCCGCCGCCAACGCGGUUCAUCGUGCUGGCUUCGAUGGAGUCGAAGUACACGGCGCGCACGGCUUCCUUGUCGACCAAUUCCUCCAGACGGUGUCAAACACGCGUACGGAUGAGUAUGGGGGCUCCAUCGAGAACCGGGCGAAAUUUGCGCUGGAGGUGAUGGAGUCCAUCGCCUCUGCCGUGGGACAGAGUAGGGCCGCUAUCCGUCUCAGUCCUUGGGCCCAAUUUCACGAUAUGCGAAUGGAUGACCCGAUCCCGACCUUCACCUACUUGGUUGAAGAGUUCAAGAAACGGCUCCCGAAUCUUGCCUACCUCCACUCGGUCGGUCUGGGUGCGCCAGACCAGCUGGGCCCCGAGGACAAGUCGCAAACGGACUUCAUCUACAAGCUAUGGACUCCUCGACCUGUGGUCAGCACGGGCGGGUACGAUCGGGAGACCGCUAUCAAGAUCGCGGAAGAGACUGGGCAGCUCGUGGGAUUUGGGAGGCUUUUCCUCGCUAACCCCGACCUGCCGUUCCGUUUGGAGAAGAACAUUCCUCUGAACCCUCUUGAGGAGGAGACGAUAUACACGCGCCAAGCGGCCGAAGGUUACACUACAUAUCCGUUUUCGGAGGAAUUCCUUAGGUCCAGGUCGUCGUGAUGAGAUAGAACAGGAUGCCCCCCUUGACUUAUCAUAUAUUUUAUGACUUGAACGAACUGUCGUGGGUGGAGCGUAGGUUCCAUUCGGGUGGGACAGCGGCGGUCACACCUACCGUAACCGAACUUCCUGCUCAAGACUGGAGGCUCCUGAGGCCCGAAACGCAACAAUGAGUCUUGUAGGAUUCGGACAUGGCAUCAGAAGGGCUUUGUGGUUUUGGAUGUAUUAUGCAGCCCGCGUGCGGUGCAGCGGCGGCUUGGAGUGACAUCAUUCAGGGUACCCCACCAGACUCCAGUCACUGGCAUGCACUCGCACUCAGGCCCUCGACCCGCCUCCCAUCUGCUCUAUCUUCUCGUACAUUGCGAUAGACACUUCCUCAACAUGUCACUGGCAGACGCCGACGCCAAGUUCCCGGCGAACGGAGUCCAGCCCUCUGGUAUCCCGCCAUCUCCUUCCAGAGAGAAUCCAGGACAGGUGUUCCCGAAAUCUGACCCCGAGGCCGCUCCCCCAGCAUCAGUACCAGGU